AUGCCCCAAGGACGUAAAAGAACCGCUCAGGCAAAUUCCGACUCAGACUCGGAACCAGAAACUCAAAGACCCCGCGCAGACUCAAACAUGUCAGACAGCGACAGCGAGAACAACGCCCCAACAAGCACAGACGCAAUGGUGAAGAAGAUGGUACGAAUGGCCAUCUCAAGCGAGUACGCGCGCCUGCCCAUCCGGCGUGGAGACAUAAGCACAAAAGUCCUCGGCGAGCAAGGCGCGCGCCAGUUCAAGAAGGUUUUUGAGUCUGCGCAGAAUGAGCUGCGGAAUCGGUUUGGCAUGGAAAUGACGGAGUUACCUGCCAAGGAGAAAGUCACUAUUACGCAGCGGCGAGCUGCGCAAAAAACUGAAAAGUCUUCAAGUACCACUAAAUCCUGGGUGGUGACAAGUGUUCUUCCCCACGAAUACCGCAACGCUGACAUCCUCAUACCAGCCAAGGUGCCAUCAACGGGCACAGAAGCCACGUACAUAGGUCUCUACACCUUCAUAAUCGCAGUGAUAGCAUUGAACGGGGGAACACUCCCUGAGCAGAAAAUAAUCCGCUACCUAGCACGUAUGCGCGCAGACGAUUACACACCCCUCGACCGCACAGACAAAUUCCUAGCCCGCCUCUGCAAGGAAGGUUACCUGUCUAGGAGUCGGGAGAUGGACGGUGGUGACGAGGUCAUCGAGUACAUGCUUGGACCGCGUGGGAAGAUCGAGGUUGGCUCUGAUGGUGUUGCCGGGCUUGUCAAGGAGGUUUAUGGGUUCGGGAGGGUUAAAGAUCCGAAUGCUCCAGUUUUGAGAGAUGUCGAUGCCUAUCGUGAGGCUGCUUCCGGCUUUGAGGAGAUGCUUAGACGUAGUUUGGGGAUUAUUGGGACUGAGGAGAGGCGAGCUGCUAUUGAUGCUGCUGAACGGGGGGAUGUGAGUGAUUGA